CUGACUAUCAUCAAAGGCGCGGGCCACGAGUUUAUCCCGCUCCCUGCGGGCGAGAAUGCAACUGUCGCCGACUUCCACUCCAUUCAAACGAAGACCGCCGACUCUCCCUCUCACUUCACCUCAGGUUUCUACAAGAUCGUUGCUGGGCCUGCUCGACCAGCCCAUUAUACGUUCGAGGAGACCAAAUACGUUCUCAGUGGUCAAAUCGACAUUUUGGAUGAAGCUACUGGUAUUACUCAUCAUCUCGUACCGGGAGACUUCGCUUUUUUCCACGUCGGAUCCAAGGUCAAGUUCUCCACCAAGUCCGAAGGGCUCGCUUUCUACGCGGUUACUCGUCCUGUCAGAGUGCCUCACCCAAAUCUUCAAGGGCGAGAAGAGGACGUUAAGUCUAAGUUGUGA